UUGCCCUUUAACAACUUAAGACGCUGAAACAAAACCUCCCUGGAUCAAAAUGUCAGCAGCUAAACUCAGAACAAAAGGUAAAAGUUAAAUAUACCCUCACGCUGUCACUUAAACGUAUAAUUAGCGCCAUAUUCUCAAAAUCUACGUUCGCAUUUUUAUCCGUACGUCCCCGCUUCACCUCAGAGUCAUUUCCCCCUGUAACUUGAUAGCUGACCGUAAUGUUUGUAAUAAAGUCGCUUAAAGGGAAGUUCAGAGGGAAUUUCUGCAGACUCGGGGAAAUUCAAACACACACACACACCCUCUCGCUGCGUGUGUGAGGUGCCACAUCGAAACGGAAUAAUAAGUGUCGGAAAACGAGCAUCAUGCUGCUGAUCCUGCUGCAGUUGUUGGUCCUUGUUUCGUGUGCUCCUCCGCGGUGUGACCCAGGAAUUCGAGGACUGUGCAAGCCAGCAGUGGAAGAAAAACCCAAAUGCACAGAUAUCCUACUGUCCUACUGCGACGACGUGGGCUACGCUCAGACAAUGUUCCCAAACCUCAUUGGCCACAAGACCCGUGAGGACGCAGAGGCAGGGGCCGAGUACCUCCUCAUAAGCGUGGUGGAGUCCCUGCUCGGCGGAGAGUGCAAUCCCGAAAUCCGCAUGCUGGGCUGCUCAGUGUUGUCCCCGCGCUGCGAGGGGGCGAAGGUGCUGAAGCCCUGCCGUACCACCUGCGAGGCUGUGCAUAAAAAAUGCAUCCAUGCUUUUGAGGGGAUAGAGAUGGCGUGGCCCUACUUCCUGGACUGUGAUCGCUUUUUUGUAAGUGACCAAGAAGGAUGUUAUGACCCACUGGAGGGUCUUAAAGCAGAUCAGGAUGUAGAGGCCGAUUACAGCAUGGAGAUUCUUCUUCCUGAGGAGCCUACAAACUCCAUGCAGUUCACCUAUCACUCUAACGCUCAGAUGAUCAGCAUCUUGAAGAAAACUGAGGAAGAAUGCUCCGACAUAGCCAGAACCUACAGCAUUGGACGCAGCAUAGAGGGCAGGGAGCUGCUUGUAAUUGAGUUCUCAAACAACCCCGGCCAACAUGAGCUACUCGAGCCAGAGAUGAAGUACAUUGGCAACAUGCACGGAAAUGAAGUCCUGGGCCGGCAGCUGCUGAUCUACUUGGCUCAGCACCUGUGCUCAGAGUAUCUGCAGGGAAACGAGCGCAUCCAAGCCCUCAUCAACACCACCCGCAUCCAUAUUCUGCCGUCAAUGAACCCUGAUGGAUAUGAGGUGGCUGUCUCAGGAGCCCAGGACAAUAACUAUGGUGAUGAGGAGGGUCAUCAAUAUGAUACUUGGAACAUCGGUCGAAACAAUGCUCAGAACAUCGACCUGAACAGAAACUUCCCUGAUUUGACUUCCAUCGUUUACAACCGGCGCAGACAAAAGGGCUACCGCACCGACCACGUCCCAAUCCCAGACUAUUACUGGUUUGGUAAGGUCGCACCAGAGACGUACGCUGUCAUGAAAUGGAUCCGCUCCAUCCCAUUUGUGCUCUCUGCUAACUUCCAUGGUGGGGACCUGGUGGUGUCGUACCCCUACGAUCUGUCAAAACACCCACUGGAACGCAACUUGUUCUCCCCGACACCGGACGAUCAGGUUUUCAAGUUUCUGUCCAAAAUAUAUGCAAACGCCCACGAGAGAAUGCCCAAUGAAAAUGCCCGGUGUGGACCGUCUCGUUCUCACAGUCAGAGAGGAAUCGUUAAUGGAGCACAGUGGUCCAGCUUUGCAGGCGGCAUGCAAGACUUCAACUAUCUUCACACAAACUGUUUUGAGGUGACUGUGGAGCUGGGUUGUGAUAAAUUCCCCCCUGAAGAGGACCUGUUUAUCGGCUGGCAUGAAAACCAGGAGGCUUUGCUCACAUUUAUGGAGGCAGCUCAUCGUGGUAUCAAAGGCAUUGUAAAAGAUGAGGAGGGAAAUGUAAUAAAAGGUGCACGGAUCACGGUCAAAGGAAUACGGCAUGACAUUAUGACAACUGAAAAUGGAGAAUACUGGCGCCUCCUCACCCCUGGCAUCCACAUCGUGAGCGCCUCGGCCCCGGGCUAUGCCAAAGCCACGAAGAAGGUCCACCUGCCUUCUCGCAUGCACACAGCCGGCCGAGUGGACUUUGUGCUGCAGAAAGCUGCACUGGAGGCUGACGUGCAGGAGGUGGACUCCACCAUCCCGUCCAUGGGCACCUACGAUCGCUUUGACCCUUUCAACCAGUACGAGCGCUACACCCUGAUGGCUGACGUGAGCCAGAUCCGUGAGGAGAGAGCAGAGAAGCCUUGGUGGUGGAACUACUUUGUCCUGCCGGGUGGACCCGCUCCCACCUGGCUGCUAAAACACUAUUAGAGCUUUAAUAAGAGAAGUGGAAGUUGUUUAUGUUCAUACAGUAUACACACAAGCUAGGCUGCCAUGUAAAGGAAGUACUGCUUUUUAUUGUUGUUACACAGCAGAAAAGUGUAAAGCUGGCUGGCUGGCCUUUAUGUUAGCUGUCUUGCUUUUACCAACAAGUGCCUGGUGUGUUCAUGAGAUCAUAAUGUAAGCACCUUUAAUCCACAAGUCAGACAGGAUUUUACUCUGAGCUUUAAGUCUGUAAUCAACAAUCAAACAGCUUCAGUAUACAGCCAUGAUGAAAUGCAAGAAUGUCAAAGACUUAUAUUUGUAUUUUUUAACAAUUUUACAGCAUAAAUAAAUAAUUUUUAUAUGGUCACAAUA